AGUCCAAUUUCUUACUGUAAAUUCAAUUGUUUAGAGCAACUAACGCCCUUCAUUCACGUCGGUUAUUCGAGUUGGUUCGGGGCCUCCUCGCGUCUCUUUCUCUCUUUAGGAAUGACGGUAGAAUCUGAAACAAGUUGUGAGUUCGCGUCUCCUAAGUUCUAUGCGCUUUGCGGUCUCGGUGGUAUCGUCAGCUGUGGCACCACUCACACUGCCAUCGUGCCUUUGGACCUUGUUAAGUGCCGCUUGCAGGUCGAUAAGGCUAAGUAUGGUUCCCUGACACGGGGAUUUCGAGUAACCUUGAGAGAGGAGGGACUUCGUGGACUUGGCCGCGGUUGGGCUCCCACGUUUUUUGGCUAUUCUCUUCAAGGUCUCGGCAAAUUCGGCUUCUACGAGGUCUUCAAACAUACCUAUUCGGGUAUGCUUUCUGAGGAAAAUGCUUUCCUUUGGAGAACUUCUGUCUACUUGGCGGCUAGUGCUAGCGCCGAAUUUUUCGCUGAUAUAAUGCUCUGCCCCAUGGAAGCUCUCAAGGUGCGUAUUCAAACCAUGCCUGGGUUUGCGAACACAUUGCGUGAAGGUCUUCCUAAAAUGCUGGCCGCUGAGGGCUUUACUGGAUUCUACAAGGGCAUUGUGCCACUUUGGUGUCGUCAGAUUCCAUAUACAAUGAUGAAGUUUGCUUGUUUUGAGCGAACUGUCGAAGCUUUAUAUAAUUACGUUGUUCCUAAGCCGCGUUCUCAGUGCUCCAAACCCGAGCAGUUAGUUGUUACCUUUGCUGCUGGUUACAUAGCCGGUGUUUUCUGUGCGAUUGUAUCUCAUCCACCGGAUACCAUCGUAUCUAAAUUAAACAAAGAUCCUAACGCAAGGCUCCUUGAGGUUGCAAAGAAUUUAGGAUGGCGUGGCAUGUGGACUGGUUUAGGUCCUCGUAUCAUAAUGAUUGGUACGCUGACUGCUUUGCAGUGGUUCAUCUACGACGGCUUUAAAGUUGUCAUGCGCCUACCUCGUCCCCCACCACCUGUGAUGCCUGAGUCACUAAAAGCGAAAUUGGCAGCACAGCAGCAUUAG